AUGGACACGGUGGAGGACUACAAGUACAUUGACAAUAAACUGGGCUACCUCUACAGGAAGGGGCUCUAUUUUCUGAGGCGGCGGAGGUCCUUCAACAUCUGCCGGACCAUGCUGAGGAUGUUCUAUGAGUCCGUGGUGGCCAGUGCUAUCCUGUUUGCUGUUGUCUACUGGGGAAGCAGGUUGAGGGUAGCGGACGCUAACAGACUCAAUAAACUGAUUCGCAAGGCCAGUGAUGCUGUGGGAGUGGAGCUGGACUCUUUACAGCAGUGUCAGAGAGGAGGACGCUGUCCAAGCUUCAAACCAUCUUGGACAAUGUCUCCCACCCACUCCAUAAUGAAUUCUGCCGAGAUGCACCACAGAGCGCCACAGGAACACUCACUGUCCUUCCACCGCUCUCUCCUCCAGGCUUUCUCUCAGGUUCUGGGCGUUGUGGCAGGAAGUUUGGCCGGGGGUCUGAACGUGCUCCUGCAGUAUGUUUCACACUUCCUGCAGGCUGCUGGAGUCCAAGGUGGCAUUCCCAUCAACAAGGUGACCCCAGAGGGCCUGAUAUUUGUGGUCCAGUGGGUUCUUGUGGCUCUUGUUAGCUACUGGCUGCUCUCCCUCGCCUUCCGAUUAGUUGCCUCAACUGUGAGGCGGACCCUGUGGCUGCUGAAGGUGAGCAUGGCUUUUGCCUGUUUCGGACUCAUCCUGAGCGACCGCAGCGUGGAGACGGAAACCAUGGCCAUCCGAUUGGCCAUCCUGGUGUGCGUCUGUGUCCUGUUCGGUGUCGGGACUUCGAGGAGCCAGCCUUCUAGUGCGGCUGAUAAAACCGCUCACCUGGAGGAGCAAGUGAGGAUCCUGGAGAGAAGGCUGAGAGAGAUGGAGAGGUGGAGGAGGACAGAGGAGUGAAUUGAGAGAAGUGUUUGUCUGUCGUCUUCCUAUAGCUGGCGCCACACGAGGGAGCGCUGCUGUCCUUCGGGGCCUCUGGAACUUCAAGGAAUGUUUUUACAGUUUUGUGGUUUUGUACGUGUUCCAAAAGUUAUUAUUACUCGUGAUUUUUUCAUUUUAAUUAAUAUUAUUACUUCCUGGAAGCAGUGAUUUGCAUUUUACAUGUUUUUAUUUUUUUACUGCUUCUUUUUUUUAAAUGGAAAUUUGAUCCUGUGUGAUGUGCUGCAGUGGGAAGGUGCAGAGGAUGAAACGUUUUCCGUCCAGCGCUCUAACCGUCCUUUUACCACAUUAAAGACACAUUUAGAGAAAUACUUA